GUCAGCUUAAGCUGAAAGGAAUUUCAGCAAAGCCCUCCCCGGUAGGCGUGGGCCUAAUCGAGGCUGGCCUAGUUAAGCCUGAUUCUUUUUCUUAACGUCCCUGUGUGUGUAUGUGUGUGUGAGUGAGUGGAGAGUGUGUGUGUUGUGUAACAGAACCAAGCAGUGCACUGGGGCUGCUUGCACAUGUGUGAGUGUUUUCAGGAGAGAAAAGACAGAUAGAUACAUAAAAAGAGGGAGAAAGCUAGAAGGAAAAGGCAGAGGGAGAAGAAGCAGAGCCUAGAGCAGCCAAGACCAGCUUAGAGCCAAGAUGUCUGCUUUGUUCAUGACAAGCAGCAUGGUUGGGAAGGCGCGCUCCUCAAACUUCACUCUGUCCGAGAAGCUGGACCUGCUGCGCCUGGUCCAGCCCCACAUCCGCAUUUUGGAGGAGCACACCAACAAGCACGCUGUGAUCGUGGACAAGAACCGGUGCUGGGAGAGCAUAGCUGAGCGCUACAACAGCCUGGGGGGAGAGAGGCCGCCCAGGACGGCUCAGGGGCUUCGGACCCUCUACAAGCGACUUAAGGAGAGUGCUAAACAGGAAGUGGUUCAGCGGAGCCACGCCCAGCCGGAAUACAGGGGUAGCAUCUCAGAGCCAACCAAGCGCAUCAUGGAGAUGAUCCCACAUCUGUUUCAUGCAGCAGACAAAGAGCAUAACACUCUCCACAGGUUGCAGUACAAGAUGAGCUCUCCAAUAGAGCAACCUGGCAGCAGUUCCUCUCUUCCUGCCAUGACUGACUACACACCAGUCACCAUGGCGGUGAGGGUGGAGUCAGAAGACGUCAAACCGCCGCCUGAUCUCCAGAUGCAUGUCUCACAUGGUUCGCCUGUUACAAUAACAACCCCACACAGUCAAGACCACACCGGACCAACAGAGAAUGAGGUAGAGGAGGAAGAGGAAGAAGAACUCGCCUCUCACGUCUACGCAGCCUCCCUUUCUCCCUGCCCGUCGUCUGUUCACCUCCCCCCAUCACCUUCAGCAGCUGCCCCAAGGCGGAGUCUCUAUCAAAGGGCAGGGGUUUCGCUCAGAAACCCUAUUCUGGAAGCAGAGUCAUUGCAGAUGAUGCGUGAAGAACAUGAGCUUCUCCUGGCCAAUCACAGGAAGCUCGGGCUAUAUUUGGAGGAGAAGAGGGAGGGACUAAAAAGAAAGCAACAGUUAGAGGAGGAGCUUCUGAGGUCGAAGGUUAAAGUGGAGAAACUGAGGGCAGCUCGAUUGAGGCAUGGACUGCCACUAAUAUGACGAACAGACAAAACGUAGCGCAAAGGGAAUGAAUGCUGCAGACGCAUGUCAUGAAAUGACACAUGGUCUUGUGCUCCAGUUAACAGACUAUUGCCACUGUACAGUUUUUCAUACUGCUUUUUUUUUUUCUUUUUACGAUAAACUUGUUUUUAGCAGAAAUUCAUUCCUUUGUGUCUAAGAAUACAGACAGAGGGGGUUGAAUUUGGUUUCACUUGUAAUAAAGUGGCCAUUGUUUAAAUAUGGGUGUUUGUGUAUUUCAUAUUUGUAUUUCUGUCAUUCCAUUAGCACUAUUAAUUUCUUCAUAUUCUUAAUACAUGUGUAGUUUGAUUUGCUUCCUCUGUUAAUAGAGAAUAGAAUAUUCAUGUGAGUGACCCCGGAAACACCAUGAGGAUAAAAAGUUACCAGAGGGGGUUCCUGAUUGGUCAGCUGUUUGGUUCAAGAGUUUAUUGGAAUUCCCAAUUGAAAGGUUAACAGAAAUUAGCAUUUUGCUAGCGGUAGAAAUUUCCUGAAAAAUGGCACUGGUAAAGCCAAUUAACAUCAGUUUCUGGAUCAAACGUGUCCUCUGACAAGUGGAUAAGCAUUAAUGUCAAGCCAUAAAAUAUCAGUUAGCAUGUAUUAACAUGCAAUGCAAAGAUUGUCCUAGUAUACUUGGAUUAACUUUAUUUUAUGUCUUAGCUUGCAUUUCAAGAUAAGCUCUCCGAUACAACAACUUGGCAGUGGGUCUUCUCUGCUUUUCGUGGCAGACUACACACCAAUUAUGGUUGGUGAUGUAAAAAGUGAUCCAUUGUUGUGAGAUAGAAAAUCCAAGGUUAGGACUAAGCGUAAAGUUGGUUGUCUAAGCAAGAAAGUCCGCUUUCUGAUUGAGGCCCCUGGUUGAUUCAUGUGUGUGGUAUGUCUCUGACUAUGAACUGCUCGAAGUGUUUUGGACAUGUAAAAGGCAAAUAAACCCCUUUGCCGCAAGAA